AUGUUAGCACGAAUAGUAACACCAAGUACAACAAUCAUGACUGUACAACAUGUCAAUGGUGUCUAUUUCAGCAACUCUCGACGAAAUUCAAGUCAAAGCAGCAAUGAAAUCGAUCCAUAUCGUGCACGUUAUGAACGUUUAUGGCGGCAAAAGGCCACUCUAGACUGGUUACCGAAAGCUGAAGGUGAUUGGAACGAAAGCAAUGGCAAAAAGCAAACGUAUUACAAUAAGAUUCUUGCUACUGGCAUCAUCUCUUUUGUUCUCUCAAUCAUCUAUUUACGAACAGUCAUUAUAACUCGAUCCGGUGCAUUAACAUCGCCGCCAUAUCAUCUGGUCGGCGACGAGGACUUCCCUGGUUCAAAAUAUGAUGAUACAACCGAACUGAAAUAG